UUACUAGCACUUACGCGGUGACGUGUAACCUGUGGUAAAGCUGUGGCUUCGUACUGAUAUCACACGGAAAAGAAUUUUGAUGUUGUUAGUAUAGAUACUCAAAACCCUCUUUUAUUAUCGUAUCUCUCUCGUCAAUCUCAAAUACAAUUACACCCCCCCCAACUUCGUUUUGAAGACAGCCAUGGGUUUGAUAAAGUACUGUGCACGCAUGCCAUAUGUUGGCCCUCUCCUGUCGGUACAUCAUCCCCUUCCCCUCCAAAAGAGGAAAAAAACCUCGACUUUCUUCCUUCUUGUCUCAUUAAUCCAGCGCUGCUCUGCUUGAGAUAUUUGCCGGGCAAAUUAAUUCCCUUUUACUAUUGGAAGAGAAUAUUCCUUCAGCGCUUCGAGCUAUCUUUGUACAGUACAUGUACAGUACAUGUUGAUGAUAUCCCAUGCCCUCAUUAUCGGGCUCCCGACACUGCGAACGGGUUGCGAAAUGUGGUAGGUAGGUGGUGUGAUGCGUACAGUUCGAUAGGUUACGGAACUGGUCGCUGGUCGCUGUAGAGCUGCACAUCUGCACAGCGAGUCCUUGUAAAGCCCACCCCGCAACAUCCCAUCCCUAGCCACAAUCCACUAUUCCAAUACUGUUUCCUCCUCUUUUUCACAGACAUAAAAAUUCACCUCUCCCCGUCAUCCCUCCAUCCCCAGCCCCAACUCCAACACCAUCCUCAACCCCUUCCUCCCAGGCCCAUAAUAAUCCUCCACCCCUUCCACCUCCACAAACCCACAGCCCGCAUACAACGCCCUCGCCACCGCCCGCUUCUCAUCAACCCACAGCUGCACAGCCACACACCCCCUCCCGCCCCCUCGCUGCGGACACAGCGACUGCUCAAUCACAUACGUGAGCAGCUGCCGGCCGACACCCUGGCCGCGGAAGGGUUCUGCCACGCAGACCUUGUGCAGGAGGGCGGUGCUCUUUUGGCGUACGUAGAGGGCGUAGGCUAUUAUUGGGGCUGGAGGCUGCGUUUGCGGUGUGGGAGUCGUGGUUGUGGGCGCGGGUGAUCGCUCCUUGAGUAUUUUUGAGGAUACAGACACGGAUAUGGAGGUCGACCUGGCCGUAUCGCCAUCCGCGGCGGCGGUCGCGUAUAAGAUGUGAGUAUUCGGCUUCCGGCGAUAGAGGGAUUGGUCGGAGAAAUCGAAGGCUUCGGAGGCGGGGAAGGUUUUGCGCUCUAUGUGGUUGAUUUGGGAGAGGAUUUCGAGGGCGAGGGUCCUUUGCGUGAGGGAGUUGAGGUCGUGGAUUGUUAGGGUGGGGGGCAUGGUUGUAUAUAUAUCUAGCCUACUUAGAUACAUGUACUGUACAUAUGUAGUAGGUAGUCUACAAUCCCCAGCUAUAUAUGCUUUGGGAGGAAAUAUUUGGAAGAUCUAGCUAGUCCCUGGCGUUGGGACUGCAAUUGUUGGCAAUUAUGUAUAUCUGGGCUAUUUUCUACCCUUGGUGUGGAGAAGAAACACGCUAAUCCUGUUACGUUACCAGCCUGACCUCAUCGCUCAAGCCCUAAAUGUUAAUAAUGUACUCCGUACUCCGUACUCCGUACAAUAAUUGAACGCAACCAGGGGAAGGAAACUCCAGAAAGAAACCAAAAUUAAACAAUCAAGCACGCACCGAAUAAAGAAGAUCCCUCUCUCAUCGAUACCAUGCCCCCCCAACCACAACAACAAGAUGACAAACGACAAGCCGCGCGCGAAGUCAUUGAUAUCCUGCAUGAAAUCUCUACAAUACUGAACACCCACCUCGACCGCACCGAACUAUCCCUCUGCGUUUCCCUAAUCGAAAACGGCGUGAAUCCUGAAGCUCUCGCUGCUGUCAUCAAGGAAUUGCGCAGAGAGGCAGUUGCUGCCGCCGCGACGACAUCAGGGGCGGCGGCCGCGGUGGAGUAAAAGGGGAAUUGUUCAUUCAAUGCCAACCUAGGUUACAAUGUACAUGUACAUGUACAUACAUGCAUCGAAUGAGUGCUAGUUACUCGAAAUCAGACCCCGUGUGCCUGUCUCGGGAUAUGAUAUGAUAUGAUAUGGAUGAUGGAUGAUGGAUGAUUUGGAUUCGUGUGUUUUCUUCCCUCCCUCUCCGGUGGUGGGCGGCUGGGGUUGUUGGUCUUUCGUGCUCUGAAUGAUGGGAAUUUGGGGGGCGGGGAAUGAAAUGUGAACUGGG